AAUUCACUCCCACUGCAUUGAAUUUGUAGUCGUCUAUCGUCUGGAGUGGAGUGUUGAUAGCUUCGUGAGCUCCGAAACAAAUUUUCUCUAUACAAAACAAACAAAACCGAAAACAAAAGAAUCUGUUGUGCUGACGAAAAUUACCGUGGAAUUUUUCAGCUGGCCGGUGAUUUCUCUGCACAAAAUGUCAUCAAUUUGGCAGCAAAACGAGGUAAGUAAAUGAUAAAUCAUGAGCAUAGGAGUAGAUUUAUGAAUUUUCCUUUCCGAUGUAGCUAAGAAUGGGGGGUUUAAGGGUUAUCUUUAGAUUGUCGGGGGAGUUUUUAGGGUUAGGAGAUAAAUAGAUGGAGGGAAUGGGGGAUAGCUACAGUGAAUUCAUCCAGAGGGCUGAAGAAUCAUCAUCAUCACCUUCGUGCUCAUCCAUUUUUAAACAGAAGAAAAUAAUAAAGGCUAGUGAUAAUAAUAGGCAGUCUUGUUCGACAUCUAUGCCGAGUCAUCAGGGCAAUCGGCAUGGAAUCCCUCAUUCUCAUCAUCCGCCAUUGGGUUCGGUUUUACAGUCGCCAUACUCGCAAUCGCCCUUCUCAAAUUGCAAUUCGUCAACACAGAGGCCUUCGCAUAGCCGGUCUCUCUCACAGCCUGCAUUUUUGUCGCUGGAUCAGAAUUCUUCAAUGUCUUCUGUUCCUGAGGCUCAGCUUUUUGAUCGGUUGCCUCCUAUAAGCCCUGCUUCAAUGAAUUUAUCAAAGCGGCGCAGUGGCAUGCCUUUUGGAGCUAGUGUUGCUUCAUCGGACAUGUCUGGUGGUAAUUCUUUGGAUGCCUCCAUGGAAAAUCAGAAUCCUUUGGGAGUAUCUAACAGGUCAGGGAUUGCUAUUUCCACUGCUGCUGCUGCUCACUGCCCUCUGCCUCCAUCGUCUUUUGGUAGUAGUGGCUCUGGUCUUCCAGCAAGGCAAGGGCACCGACGAACGCAUAGUGAAGUUCCUUAUAAGUUUUCUCAGCAAUUGCAGUCUUCAUUUGGUCAGAUGGAUGACUUUCUUGCCUCUGGCAUUUUGAAGGAUAGUGCAGGAAGGGAACGGAUUAGGGAUCAACCGUUUGAGGGUCAAGUUUCACAGGAUGGUAAGGGUGGUUUUAACAUGGAUGAUGAUCUGAACAUGGAAUGCUUGAAAGAAAGAGGGGAAUUGGGCAAUAAUUUGUAUAAUGUGCCUGUUGAGAUGCAGAACAGAGAUAAUGUGAAAAAUUCAGAAGGUGUGGAUAUUGGACCAGUGAAUGAUGAGAGCAGAAAGCAGAUCAUGGACGCCAAUGACCGGGCAUGCAAAGGAUUGGAGACUAGAGCAGAGAAAAAUCUUAAAGCGGCUGAUGCAGAAAGUAAGGAAAAAUCCCACAACAUAUAUGGUAGCAGUAUUAUUGAAAAUGAAUGUCGCGAUAUCAUGAUGAGGUCUGCUGAUGGUUCUGAUGGGAUCCACAUCAGGACAGAUAGUGGGGGAAGUGAUAUGAUGAAAGAGAAAAAUGAUAAGGAUGCCGAUUGGAGCAGCAGUGGAGAUGAGGCUGAUAGCGAGGCAAAUCUGAUAGGCAAUCAGAACAGAAAUGCGUUGCCACUUGAAAGGGACAAGGAAGGUAAUGGGCAUCAGUCUUUUGGUAGCACCCGUCACAAUCGGAGCAUGUCCAUGGAUAGCAUUCUCAGUAACAUGAACGGUAUCAAUAGUGCUAAGGACUUAAAACUGUCUCCUUCCCAGAGCCAGAACAGUAGAGACUUUCGCAGGAGUUCAACAGAUGUCAAUAUUAAAUUCAAGAUGGAAUUGGGCAAUGGAGAAUUCACAGAAGCUGAACUGAAGAAGAUUUUGUCCAAUGAGAAAUUAACAGAGAUUGCAAGGACUGAUCCUAGGCGUGUUAAAAGGAUAUUGGCCAAUCGUCUAUCAGCUGCACGUUCCAAGGAAAGGAAAAUGCUAUAUAUCUCAGAACUGGAAGGCAAAGUGCAAACGUUACAAACUGAGGCUACCACAUUAUCAGCCCAGCUAACCCUGAUGCAGAGAGAUUUGUCUGGGUUGGCAAAUGAGAACAAUGGGCUCAAGCUUCGUCUGCAAGCGAUGGAGCAACAGGCACAACUUCAAGAUGCAUUGAACAAGGCUCUAAUGGAAGAGGUCCAGCGUCUCAAACUGGCAACAGGGCAGCCAAUUGCAGAGCAAUCUUCUGGUAUGGCUCAGCAGAUGUCCUUGAGUUCACACCUAUAUCAGCUUCAGCAGCACGGUCUUCAACAGCAACAGCAAGUGGAAGAGAAUGUACAAUCUUCAGGUCAAAAAAUCAGUCAAAAUGGAACUUUUCAGAAUAGCAACAAUGCUUACCAGCAGUUUAUGGGCUCUGUCUAACAAGGUUCUUCAAACAUCUGUGUCAGUUAUGGUAGCAAUUAUUUGUUUUGAAGAGCAUUUCUCUGCUUCAGUUACCUUUGUGACCAUGGUCUUGUUUACAUAUGCCAAGGUUUGAAGAGAGUAGAGGAAGGAUCGUACUGAUUUGGGCUCCAUUGUAUGUAUAUUUAAUGAAGAGAGGGUUAUUGAGUGCUUUCCUCUUGGUAGUUUGGGUUCUAUAGAGUCUACGUCAUGCACAGACAAAUAUUUAUUGGAUUAUAUUUUAGCGUUUCACUGUAAUUCUUUAUUGGGCUGAUAUGAAUGAUAUCAUUGAUUUCCAUCUUUAUGUUA